CGGUGGGUUUAGCAGUCUAAAAAACAUUUCUCACAGAAAAAAGAGAGAGCAGGUGGAAGGAGAGAAAACUAGAGAAAGUAUGUAUAUCUGGUAAAGGUUUUUAUGAAAUAAAGUUAUAUCUGGUGUGGGAUACAAAUUUGGGGGGCGUGGGAACAUUGUUGUAGGCAGACAUAUUGUAAGAGGCAAAGAGAAAAUUGGAGAAGUGGGGAAAAAGCUGAAGCAGGGGAAUUGAGAGACAAGCGAGGUGACGGAGAGCCUUAUUACGAGAAGGAGAGGAAGUACUGUACGGGUGUGACAGAAGGAGAUGAUACAGAGACAUACAAACACAUCGCUACAUGGAAGGAACUUUUCAGGAGAAAAUUUUUAUUCAUGAAGAAUAGCAAAUCACACAUUUCCUUUAAAUUCACCCUCAAGAAAAAAGGAGUCUGUGAAUGAAAAAGAUGGCAAAUAGCAGUCUGUGAUGAGAAGAAGAGAACUUCAACUAGGAAAAGGGAACAGCAACAAAGACUGAUCAUUUUGCCUACACUGUGUAUCUAUUUUGCUUUUCUACAGAUGCAUGGAUGAUGCCUCUUCUCUGAGCUCACAUUUCAUUAGUAGGUAAUGGGCUGCAAACAGUGUAAAGAAGAUGAAGUGGCAAAGGUGGAGGAGAGUGCACUGGAGAACCCCCAGAGGUACGGUCCAGAUCCCACAAGUCAGAUGCCUUUUCGGAUUCAAGAAACCCAUACACCAUUCAUCAGUCCGGGAAUAGGAGGGGUAAUGUUGGGAACCAGCCACAGAGGAAUGGGAGUAGGAGUUUCAGGAGGGGCAACCAUGUUUAUUGCUUUGUACGAUUAUGAUGCUCGCACAGAGGAUGACCUGAACUUUCAAAAGGGAGAGAAGUUCCAUAUUAUUAACAACUCAGAGGGUGAUUGGUGGGAAGCUCGAUCGCUAAGUUCUGGAAAUACAGGAUACAUCCCCAGUAAUUAUGUGGCACCUAUGAAUUCCAUUCAGUCGAAAGAGUGGUACUUUGGAAAGAUUGGCCGGAAGGAUGCAGAGAGACUACUUUUGUCUGAUGGGAAUCAAAGAGGAACCUUCAUGAUCAGGGAGAGCGAGACAACCAAAGGUGCAUACUCCCUUUCUGUUCGUGACUGGGAUGCUAACAGAGGAGACCAUGCAAAACAUUACAAGAUCCGCAAGCUAGACAGUGGAGGGUUCUAUAUUACAACCAGGGUCCAGUUUGAUACUGUGGAGGAGCUGGUGUUACACUAUAGUGAGUUCAAUGAUGGGUUGUGUCACCUGCUUACAAGUCCAUGUGUCAACCAGAAACCCCAAACACUGGGGCUUUCAAAAGAUGCCUGGGAAAUAUCUCGAGAUUCCGUCAAUCUGGUUAAGAAACUGGGACAAGGCUGCUUUGGAGAUGUUUGGAAGGGUACAUGGAAUGGAACGACUAACGUGGCUGUCAAGACCCUAAAACCUGGAACAAUGUCUCCUGAAGCUUUCUUGGAGGAAGCUCAAAUAAUGAAGAAGUUACGUCAUGAUAAACUGGUUCAAUUGUAUGCAGUUGUUUCUGAAGAACCUAUUUACAUUGUGACUGAAUUUAUGACUAAAGGCAGUUUGCUUGAUUAUCUUAAAGAAGAAGAGGGACGUUUCCUGAAGCUGCCCCAGCUGGUAGACAUAUCUGCACAGAUAGCAUCUGGCAUGGCCUAUAUUGAACGGAUGAAUUAUAUACACCGCGAUCUCAGAGCUGCCAAUAUUCUUGUGGGUGACAAUUUGAUUUGCAAGAUUGCAGACUUCGGCCUUGCACGGCUCAUUGAGGACAACGAGUAUACUGCACGACAAGGUGCCAAAUUUCCCAUUAAGUGGACGGCCCCUGAAGCUGCUCUCUACGGUAGAUUUACGAUUAAAUCAGACGUCUGGUCAUUUGGGAUCAUGGUGUGUGAGCUGGUGACGAAGGGACGAAUUCCGUAUCCAGGUAUGAGCAACAGAGAGGUUCUAGAGCAAGUAGAGAAGGGGUAUCGUAUGCCUGCCCCCCCUGGGUGUCCGCCUUCACUCCAUGAAUUAAUGUUACAGUGUUGGAAAGGGGACCCAGAGGAAAGACCAACCUUUGAAUACCUACAAUCCUUCUUGGAGGAUUACUUCACAGCAACCGAGCCUCAAUACCAGCCAGGUGACAACAUUUAAAAUGUGGGAAAACCUCCUAAAUGAUCAUAUUAAAACUUCAUUUGGGAUUGAAAAAUAACAGUACAAGGAGGGCCAUCCAAAAGAUCAUAAUAAAUUACUAGGAGGAGCUUUCACCUUCAUGACUAGAGCUUUCAAUCUGCUAUCAACUGUUCAGGAGCUAUCUUAAAGUUAAGUUAUGUCAUUGGAGACCUUGGACAGGAUUUGGGUAAAAAAAAUCUCCUUGAGGGCCACAUUUAUCCCACAGGCAUCUAGCUGGACUGGCUGGAACUAUAGCAAUGUGACAGGUGCAUGAGGAAACCAUCAUGGAGACCAUGUUUUAUUGAUCAAAGCGUAAACUCAACCCCAAAGAAAUCACAAGAAUCAGAGGCAGACCCAAUAAUCUGUGAAAGACAAUCAUUCAAUUUGGUAUAAGCAUUAUAUGAACCCUUAUGAAAAAAAUGACAUAUAUAUUAUGUUGAGGCCAGGAAAUUUACUUUUCUGACCAUGGGCAGGAGUGAACAUAAAUGUUUAUUGCAAAUGCAUGGGUGGACAUAGAAGCACUCGUGGGUUCUUUAAAGAGAAAUAGAUUUCUAUGCAAGGGGGAUUCUUGUGUUUGCCUUUCUUGUAAUUAAAUGCCGUCUCAUGGGAAAACCGCUUUGAGAUACAUGUUCUGGUUUGCAAAUCUAUUCUGUUGUCGGGAAAAGUGAGCAUUAUUACCAGGAAAUCACAAUUAACAGAAAAAAAAAGAAAAUUAUUAUCAGAAAUACAAACAAUUCGGUCUGUGGAAAAAUCACUGGUUGCAGAAACCAUGUUGCAUAUAUAGAUGAAAUCAUUAACAUAUCUAUCACUCUCACCACACACAGAAUGCAUGACAUUGUAAAAGUAUGUGUGAGUUGGAUCCGCUUGAUGAGAAGGAGCUGAAUUAGCACAUACCAUUGUAUAUGGUUUGAUAAAUGAAAAGUCUGGAAAAUAUACAGUAAAUAAUGUAGCAUCAGAAGGGUUAUCAUGAACGCCUGCUACAUUUUCUUCAUUUUCUGUAGCCAUGCCGCUUACCACUUGUGUUUAUGGCUAUUUUACCUGUCUCAUUCCAUAAUCAGGCAUGGCAGACUCUCAGCCCUUGUACAUUGUCUGGUUAAGGAUGCUGGGAUUUGUAGUUUUCUAGAGAUCUAGAGAUGCAAGUUUGGGACACCUGGAUUAUUGACUCUUCUCUUCCCAGAUUUCUGUAUAACUUUGCCCCCUUAACCUUUAUAACAUUCCCUAUCGCUCUCCUCCCCCAUCUCUGUCUUUCUCUCUCCUUCUCCCUCUCUCAGGGGUUAUGUUACAGACACCUCUCAGCUGAUUCAGAGGUUUUCACACCUCCCUUCUUGUGUAAAGUCCUCUCCCCCCCUCCCCCUAACUCCCAGGCUGGCUUUUUCUGCUGUGUGUGCAGAGACUGAUUGGCACAGAACCAGCCCUUUCCCUCUACAUACAGUGCCAGCCCCCCUCCCACACCCUUCACUGCUGGGGUUACUGAGGGGAGAAGGAAGAAAACAGGAGGGAAGGUGAGAUGAGGUGCUGGUGGCUAAUGUUGCAGGAAGAAGGAUAUAAGGGUGGAACGGACAUAAAGUACAAAGGAUCUGUGCAAAUGACAAGUAGUAGGAGGAAGAAUUAAUAUCAUUCACAUAUUCUGUUAAAGCUCAUAGGGUAUGAGUACCACACGGAAGAAAUUAUUUAUACAGAUCUGUAACAGUGAAAAUUAAAGAAAUUGUAAGGCCUUGCUUAAAAUCUAAGUAAGGAUAAUAAGGUAAUAGCAAGAAACUGCUGUUUUUAUGGCUAAACACCGAACAUCAUGGUAGAUAGUAAAGCAGAUGUGAUUUAAUUCACUUGUCUGAAAGAGAAGGAAAUCUAUCCACAAACUCUCUGUUGGGGCCCUUGGUAAUUUAAGAAGUUGCAGAUAUACUGCAGUUAAAAGUGUACAGGUUAGAUACCCCAAAAUCAAGCCCUGUUGAUUGUGAGCAGAAACAAACUAAAGUACUCAAAGAUUCAGUGGUGUAGCUAUAGGGGAAGAGACCCUGUGCCUGGGCCAGGUGGAGUGUGGGUCCUGUAAGGUCCACAAUUUUCCCCACCCUUCCCUUGUUCAGCUGCCAACACCAUCAUACUGAAUACGUUCCAAUAUAUUAUAAAUACACUGAUUUUAUCAUCAUUUGUUUAACAGAAGAAGAUCAAUCAUUCACAUUUGCCCCUGUCCCAGUGAAGCUUACAAUCAAAUUUCCGUUGCAGCAGGGUAAAUUUCAUUAGGAACUGGUUAAACUAUCCAUAUAUUUGUCGAGUAUGGGAGGAAACAGAAAGAAAUCCAUAUAAAUGCAAUAAGAACAUUCAAACUCCACAAAGCCAUUGCCUCGGUUUGGAACUGUGCCUCAAACCCAGUGCCUGAGGUUGUAAUUCUAAUAACUCUGCUACCACGCUACCCCGUUUAGGCCUAGGGUACAAAAACAAAAAGCACAUGCUGAUUUCACUUUUGGAUCCAAUUCUGUGUAAACCAGAAAAGGAAAAAUAUACCUAAUCACAAAUUUUUCUCCCUUUAUUCGUAUACACACACACACCAUAGUGUAGAUUAUUUUGUGUUAAGAAUAUGUUCAGUGGGAACUAACAUAUUACUUGUCUUUGAGGAAGAACUAUCAAUAUAAUGGCAUAUCUUUUUUUGUAACAUGCCUAGAUGCCCAGCCAAGCAAUAUGGCAACCUCCAAUCAAUUGUUCCAUCAUAUCAAUAAUAAAAACAAAUUUAGGGGAAGCUUUUUAGGGACUUUAAAUUGUUAUUCAGUUGCUUUGGUCAAUGAACCCAACCAAAAUGCAGAAUAAUCAUGAGGAUAGUAUUUUAUUAUGUAAUAUUACUUUUUAUGUUUCUCUGUAUGUUGGCAGUUCAUCCUUGAUUCUUUUAUGCAAACCAAUUUGUGGUUGCAAGACUCAGCAACCUAAUAGUAGCAGACAAUUAAAAAAUAUGUAAUACAGCAAUUGAUUGGCAAUUGUUUUCGAAUUUCAAUCUAUAAAAUAAAGUGAACUUCAUCUUUGAAUAAAA